AUGGAUGCGAGGUUCUCCCGGAUGCUCUGUGCACUCUGCCUGGUUGUCACGGUCAGAGCGUCUACCCAGGAAGGGUUCAAGGAGAUUUUACUGAAGCAGCUGGGGCUCUCUGAGGUCCCUAAACUUCAUAAGAGAGACCUGGUGAAUCUGGUUAUCCCAGACCACAUCAAGAACAAAUACAUCUCCCUGCUGAAGCGCCACAGGGUGAAGCGCCGAGCUUCGCCGAGCCUGGCCGGCAUCCUCAGGGGAAUCCCUGGCAAUGCAGACAUCCCAGGAGAAGUCCUCUAUUCUGAUACCACACGCCAGAAUCUCAUCUUUGACAUGGAGGGGAGAAUACCUAAAAACAGCGAAGUGACAAUGGCUGAACUGAAACUUUUCAAAAAGCCUCUGGACAGAACAAACCUGCUGGCCAAACAGUCUCACAGGCCCGUCUCCAAUGCUAGAGUCAGCGUGUACUGGGUGCAACGGCAGCUCGAUGGGACCAACAGGACCUCCCUGAUAGACUCCCGGCUGGUUCCCAUACGAGAGUCGGGCUGGAAGAACUUCGACGUGACGCAGGCUGUGCAUUACUGGCUACGAAACAAGAGGCGGGAGCCAAUGCUUCUGGAGGUCUGGAUCGAAGGAGAAAGAGUGGGCAGCUAUGCUUCGGAAAUGGCCAAAGCUGUGCGUUUUACCUCUCAGGACCCCACAGAUAAAGCCUUAGGCAAACCUGAAUUGGUGCUUUAUACCCUCGACUUGGAAGACUAUGGGGGCCCUGGGGAUUGCAAGGCGGACACUGGGAAGGGGAAGUCCACCUGCUGCCGGCAGAAACACUACAUCAACUUCCGGGAGCUCACGUGGACGCAGUACUGGGUCAUCGAGCCAGCGGGGUACCAAGCCUACCAGUGCUCGGGGGGCUGCCUGCAGCCCGGCAGCUUGCUGCGUCGCUUCGGCUAUGGGGAGAGGGCCUGCGCUGUGGUGGAGAGCUCCCCUCUCCCCAUGAUGUACCUCGUCAAGCGGGACAACUACACUGAAAUCGAAGUGGCUGAAUUUCCGAACAUGAUCGUCGAGAAGUGCAGCUGCGUUACGGACAACAUGGCACUGAUAUAAGUGCUGGUGACCAGCCAGGGCCCAGCAGCUCUUGCAGGAAAAACGAGAUCUCCCUGAGUGCCUUCCUUCGCUGUAGCCCUGCCCAGAGCCUGCCACGGUCCCAGACUCUGCGGUGCAGCGGUGCAAGCUGGCGGCCGGAGCUGCUGGAUGCCCCGAGGGGAGGUUGUGCCUGGCCAAGCCCUUUCAUCCUACGGCAGCGGGCGGUCACAGGGACCUCCGGCUGCACAAUUGCGAGGGUCAGCAGUGGCCAAGGCUGUGACUCUCCAACACUCCCUGCUCGCCUCUAGAGGGGACGUGGUUAAAGGCCUUGUCCAUACAGAUGGGCUCAGAGGAGCAUCAGGCUUCACAGAGAUAUAUAUACAGGGCAGCAAAAUGUACCUCUGGAGCCUAAUGCUUUUCUGGGCCAGUCUUAUGCUAGCCUAAUUCCAUUUAAUUUGAUGGAGUUACUUCUGAUUUACGUCACUCCAGAGCAUUGCAAACAGCUAUGGGCAAAAGAGAAGAAUGAUAGUGAUCAUUACUAGGUGAAGAGCUAAUUCAUGGGUUCAGCUUUUAAUUCUGCACUCCUGAUGCUUUGUAAUUUUGUCCAUGUCUGUCCAGAUCAUGUUUACUGUGAACUGUAGAGCAGAAGCACUUAUAUAUAUAUAUAUAUACUGUAUACACACACACACAUAUAGUAUACAAAUAUGUAGGUAUGUAUGUUUUGUAUAGAUAUAUACAUAUAUAUGUACAUAAAAUAUUGUCUAGAACUCAAAGGAGUAUAUUUUUGGCACCUGUACAGUGGGCUUGAUAGAGUUUUAAGGUAGAAUUCAGAGUCCUAAAGACAAUGGGAAUGCUAGACUUAGGUUUACUCUCGUGAGUAACUAUUUGUAGAAUCAGGCCUUAUUUUUCUGGCUCUGUGUUACAGUUACUUCAAUUUAGGGAUAUUUUUCCAGUCUUAAGUGCUUUCAAACUCAGAGAAACAAUAAAAUGUAAAUAUUAAAA